AUGGAUCUAAGUAAAAAUUUUGACUCCGAAUAUUUGGCCAAGAAAAUAGAUACUUUUCUUAUAGAACAACUUCAAGGAACAGAUACCUUCAAAAUUUUUAGGUUUGUAGAGAAAAGGUUGACUUUCCCCACAGCGACCGGUAUCCCCGUCAGUGUUUUUGUUAAAGGCGAUAUUCUGAUGAAUAUUAAAUCCCUGUUGCAACCUGGUCUAAAUUUUAAAUGGGACAUCGAUAGAAAAUUAAUGGUAAACUUUACCGGCGUCACAUCUAUCGGAUCCCAGGAAUAUAAACUACCAAAUUUUCACCGGGAUCUAAUGCUCCAUUCCGAUAAGAGAUUCACUUUAAACGCCACAAAGGUUGGGAACAACUUAACCUUUACCCUGGAUAGACCAACCAAAAAAUUUUCCAUUCUAAGAUACAGUAAAAGACAACUUUUAAUGAUUGACGGCGAGGAGAUGAACAUGCCCGAAAAUGAUUCUACACUCGUCAACGUACCAAACUUUUAUACCGCUAAUGCUUUUAGUUCUAACAGCUCCUGCUUUUUCCCCAAAUUUGUGGACAACCUAUUAGGCUUUAAAUUGUGCCAAACUGUCAAACUAUAUAAUUUCGGGUCUUUUCAUCCAUUUUUUAGAUGGACAGCCUUGGGUAACCCGUAUUCUUACGAAAUUUAUGCUGAACCUAUCGGAGUUAAAUACAGCAAAUUAACCAUCACCCAAAGUUCUAGAGUUGAAGCAACAUGUGACAAUGACAAAUACUCACAUACUUUAACAUCGAGAGAAUUUGACGUUCGAUACGAAACAGAUGUUAAAUCCAGAAUCACGUUUAGCAGGCAGUUGUAUCCAGCGAAUGAUGACAGUUGCGAUGAUGCUUAUAAAAGAGUUUAUUUGGAAGUCAAAGAUAGCGGCAAUGAGUUUAAUUUGGAAGUAGAUUGGUCUAGAGCUAAGCCAAAAGUAGGCUCAGAAUUCGAGACACUAUUCAAGGCCAAAGUAUCUGCACCGGAUGGCAAGAAAAAACAAAAGUUGGAUAUAUUCUAUGAAAACAAAGGUGCGAUUGACGAAAAAAAGCCGUCGACAAAUGAAUCCUUUUAUAGACGGCGAACACUUGCGUGGAAACUUUCCUUCGACAAAGAUUUACAAAAUUGGAUAUAUAACGGUACAGCCGCCUACAGUCCCCUCUUCUUUAAUCUGGAAAGCGACUUGAAUUGCUUGGAUUGCCUAAAUGUAUUUUCCGAUUCCUAUACUCGCAAUGUAUCGAGGUAUCGAUUCGCCCUAGAAGCUAAUUUACUUUCAGAAAAACGCUGGACAGAAGGAAUGUCGGACAUCGUGUACCUAAGACUGUUUUUAGGUUCAAUUAUUCCUAAAAAUUGGAAUUUUAGCUUAAUCGUAACGGGCUUGAUUUAUCUACCUAACACUUUGACGAUAGAUUUGGAAGCACUCGCUAGCAUCAAGGAUAAAAAGUACCCACUUACGGUGAAUUAUUCCUGGUUUCUUGAACCUCGGACAUCUAAUAAAGUUGUCAGCAUAGAUGGUAGAUAUAAUUACACUGCGCUUGAAUUGAACGAAAGACAUCUGAUACGCAUUUCGCUGCCAGGGGUUCGUUAUCUCGUCGCAACGAAUUUGACAAAAGGUGGAAAUAAUUUGAAACUCAAUUUCUAUUUAGAUAGUAACCCCAAAAAUUAUUCCAAUGUUCAAGAAUCUUCACCUUUCAGUGCUUCUUACAAAAUGAGCAUGGAUAAAAAUGUCAGUUCGCUAAGUUUUUAUAAGGGCAACUCUGUUUUCACGCUUACCUCCCCGAAAAUUACACUAAACAAUGAUUGGCUCUUGAAACAUAACCCUGUAUCCAAAGAAUUUGAAAUUGGUUAUAAUAGCAGGGAAAUCAUUGCCGGCAAAUUCGCACUGUACGCGUGGUUCAAGUUUAGCUACUCUACAUUGGAUAUGCAUUACAACUUUAGCUACUACGAGAGCGAAUCAUUGACCGUGAAUAUGAUUGGGUUCACUAACAACAAAGAACUUAUAAAGAAGAAAUUUAAAGAUGAAUCUCUGUACAUUAGAACCGAUUCAGGAUUUUCACGAUCUCAAUAUGAUUCUCAAUCCGAUUAUAACUAUUCAUGCACAAGCAAAAUAAAUUUCGGGAAUAAUGCUAUGGCCUCUAAGCAAUGCUCGGUACAUAGAAAGAUAUACGACUCCGAAUUAAAUUUUCAAGCAAAAUAUUUGACUCCUACAAUCCAAAAGGGAUCCAAUAGUUUCUUCAGUUUCACUUAUUCGCGAUCAUUCGUUGGAAAAGUUUGGGCACUUAUUAACACUACUCUCACCCUAAAUAUCGGGUUGAUAUCCCCUUUGCGCCAAUUUGGAAACAAGUUUAGUCUCAAUAUCUCGGAUUUCGGAAUGAUACAGAGCAAAGGUUUUACCCACAAUAACGGAACUUACAUGUCUACCUCUCUAUUUUACUAUUAUAACAUGUCAAAUUUGGAGGAUGGAAUACAUCUGGCGUUUUUAGAAGCUCGCUGGCUAUCUUCUCAAGCCAUAGCCAUUUCCGUUUCCUUCAAGCAAAGAUUUAAGAUCAUUUUUGAAAACUAUUUGAGGACCAAAUUUGACGUUAAUAUGGAAAAUAUAUAUGUGAGUUGGUAUUACAUCGUUUCUUCGUACACAACUAUUUUGGGGCAAUAUUUGAAUCCCAUAUGGAUAUUCCCUUCAAUCAAUCCCAUCACCUCUUCGUAUAAUGAAUUUGCGUAUAAUCCAGAUAACUAUUACCUUAAAUCCCUACCCGAUCUUAUCCCUGAAAAUACAAAUGAAUUGGUUAACGAAAUCAGGCUCUCCAUUGCUAAUCUAGUCAUAAUUAACCCGCUUAACCUAUGGUUUAUAAAGUGGACCACAUUAUGGAAUCGAAUUUCAUCUAUCACAACAACCCGGAAAUGGAAUAUAAAGGAGAUAAAUGAUUUGUCGUUCUUUCAAAUAUUAUACCAUCCUUUAAGAUGGCCUAAUUUUACGCAUUUGCCUCAAAUAGAACCUGAUGACGUAAAAAUAUAUUUGACAUACUUUGCCAAGUUAUAUCAAAUACCAGGAUUCAAGUUUUGGAACACUGCCAGGAAUUUUGGUUUAAAUGAGAAACCGACUAGGAUAUAUCUGAGACAAGCAGUUAUAAUGAAGGAUUUGACCAUAUCCUUUGACGGGAGCGUAUCAAAAUUGAAGGAAAUAAACACCGAAAAUUGUAUCUCCAUUUUAGCUCACGAUAUUUAUGGAAAAUUUACUUUAUUCCAGAGAGGUUCUAAUCAACUAACUUUAAGAACCAUAUUAGGUGACCUAUCUCUGAUUUUCGAAAACGAGAAUGAUACUCUCAAACCCAAUCCGACUAGCACCCAUGUGCACUAUAUAACGAUUAAACUAAACGAACGGAACGUAGAAACAUUGCCGUACCUAUUAAAAGGAUAUAAUGACUCGAUAGGGUUGAUUUACAUGAAGGGACACUUCCUAAAUAUUAAAUUUGCAGGUAUCGAACUGAUCUGCGAAGAUAAGCAUCUUUACCAUACUGACAUGACAUGCGUUUUGAUACUUAGAUAUCCUAAAUAUCAUGGUUCCAUCUACGGCCUAUUGGGGAAUAACGAUAUAAAUCCAGGGAACGACAAAAUAUAUACAAAUAUACCUAAGGGUAUCCCUUUGUGUUCGUACACUCCAUUGAGUUCUGAAUUAAAAUCCCAAGUGUUAACUGAAACAAAAUAUACAAGUUUAUGCAAAGAUGCAUUUGAUGACUGGAACAUGAUGUCACCGUUCUACGCAUGCUCUCAGGAUGUGCCUCCGGAACCAUUUUAUCAAUCCUGCAUAACUAUCAGUGGAACUCAGCGUGAAAGGGGAAUAUGUAAAAUAGCUAGCUUAUACAGGACCAUAUGUAGAAACAGAAAUAUAAUACUGCCUCAACUCAAUUAUUGUGAAGAUGCCAAAGUUGACACAUUUUUAUUUCCGACUAUUUGGAAAGGGAGGAUCAAACCGGCAACUUUCGAUAUAAUUUUCAUCGUGUCCACUGAUUCUAAAAACACUACCAAGCAAUUAAUAUUAGACUUGGCGCUAAAGAUUGAAACUAUACUCAAAUCGGAUAUUAAAUACGCGUUACUAUACGAUCUAAAUAUCAUAAAAUCUGAUCGUGCAAAAUUCGGCAAACGUUUCAAUAGCGAAAAUAUCUUUACGACCUCCUAUUACGACGAUGUGCUAUAUGAUAAAAUAAAUUUGGCAAAGAUUUUGCAGCAACCGAUAGACCUAGAACCAACGUUUAAUGAGUUAGAGACAGUAAUCAAUACUCUUUCUGGAUAUCCACUGAGAGAUGGAUCCAUCAAAAUUUGCAUUCAUCUCCUUUCAUCAAAUACCGCCUUAAAUGUUGAGCAAUAUCAAAGGGUGCUCAAAGUGUUAGAUAAUAGAGGCGUGAUAUAUAACGUUAUAGGAGAUGGACUUAAAGAUAUUUUGAUUACGCAAUAUUUAACGCAGAAAACGUUUGGAAGAUCUUUCGAUAUAUCCGAUUAUUAUAAAGAGAAUCUUAAAAAGGAGUGGUUAGAAAAGUUUGGAGAUAAUAUAGGAACUCAGAUAAAUAAAUCUCUGCAUUCAAACUUUUGUAAUGUCUGCCAAAACAUAUUAACCGUCGAUGGUAUAUUGAGAGAACAAUGCAAAGCAUUCAGGAUAUUCUGCUAGUUGGGUUCGAUUCAUCAUAAUUGGGAAUCUUCGUUUUUAUAUAUUCAAAUGCUUUCAU